AUGGCUCAUUUUCUGCUCGGACGUAAGAAGCCGACUGAUAUGGAGAAAGCAAAGGAAAAUCUCAUAAAACGAUAUGAUGGCGAUAACCAUCGAUCAUCAGGAAUGCGAUUCCAGCGGCCUUCUGCUGCCAGCUUGGAAACAAUCGAGAAUCGCAUGCAGGAGCUGAAUGAUGGCCAUGGGUACGGCAAGAAAACGUAUCUGAAUCCUGAUGGAGAUGGAAGUCACGAAAAAUAUAUCGAUCUGGAUACAUACUACAGCACAAACAAAGGAUAUCCACGUCGACUUGUCGUGCAGGCGGCUUCAAAAAUAAUCCAUGAUAAGACUGAUCAUCGCCAUCGUCCCUGGGGGCGACGCCGCAUUCGUGGGAGAGUCCCAUUCGUCAUCACCCUGGCCGAACUUUGCUUGAACCCAUUUGGUUUUUACCGUUUCGAUAGUGUUCGAGUCGACAAAUACGAGGAAGAGGAUGAGAAGCAGCAAAAUUCGGUGUUGAAAAUCACCAAACAAAUCCCGUACUGGAUCCUGUCGGCUCUGCUCACUUUGUCAAUAUCAAUCCCGCACUGGAUCACAUCAAUUCUGCUCACCUUGACACUAUCUUGGAUCAUUCCACUUGUCCUCUCUUUGGAUAUUUGUACCGCCCCGUGGGAUGAUGACGGCUCAGCUGAUCGCUACGACAAGUAUGAGAAUGUUUACUGGCGCUGGCCGAAACACGCAAUCAAUGUGCUGGAUCAGUCCCCCAAUAAUGAUCGACCGCAGUCAAAUAUUGACAGUCUUACGAUUCCUCGCCGCUUGGUGGUGAAAGACCAAAUUACCAACCAGUGGGCUCCCAAGGAGACCGACCUCAUUCGUGAUAAAAAGACCGGCAUGCUACAACCCUAUAUUUUCUUAAGUUUUUCUCGGGCCAAUUAUUUUCCCAAAUCAGACGAAGAAUUACGAAAGAUGUUCUAUAAAGUGGCUGAACGCAUGCUUCACCACGAGAACAACGACAGAGACCCGCUGGACCCUCCGCUGGAAGCAUUCUGGCUGGACCUCGAUUGCGUUUCGGGCGAUCAGAAUAUACCAGCCAAUGAUGUCCAAUCACCAUGCACUCGAGAUGUCAACACGAUUAGCGAUGCGGUACGCUGUGCGAAGCGAGUAUAUAUAGUCCUCCCCACUGAAAUUCCGCGUGACAAAGAGAUAUGGGGAGAACGGAUGUGGACAUUUCCGGAAGUCCUCCUCGCUUCGGAUAAACUCCGAUACUGCUUCACCCAUUCUACUUCUAUGGCUCCGUUCACGCCGCAUGAAGUCACAUUGACCGACAUGUAUAAUAGCUUCUGGCCUGGGCCGACGCCCUCCAGCCCUCGUUUGAAUGGUGAAACGAAACACGAAGACGCCAUAGGCCACCUCAUCAAGCAUUAUACCAAUAGUGUACAGCUGAGCGAGCUGCAAUUGUUCACUUUUGCUGUUCAAGCCAUGGCGACACAGGCAACUGGCAUCAACAUCAAGGGGUACACGACCAAGGAUAUGGCCUACGCUGCGAUGGGGCUUUUCUCAUAUCGACUUACCCCCAAUGAUUCCGAUACCGCCUUUCAGGCCAUUGCGCGACUAUCCCUCGUGAACGAUAGCAAUCAAUUGCUUGAGCGUCUCCUCUGUCUGUCGCCGAAACCAGGAAAGUCCCCCGUGGGGAGGCCACCUGGAUCGGAUCCAGCUGGCAGUGAGACGAUUCUUCACAACAUCGCAGAUGAAGAUCAAUACGGUACUCACCUUUGGGACAUCAAGCCGCUCAUUGAUGUGGUUGGCGUUGGCGACGAUUUACAUGAGCCCACGGUCAUCGUAGAUCGCUGCCGGGGCAUCCCCAUCCGAUGGAAGGACUUCCCGAGAUUGAGGUAUACCAAAGACCUCAGUGGGACGAGUGCUAGCAUCUCAAAUGCAGUCGUGUAUCGCAGUAAAGCGUUCAUGCUGAGUGGCUUUUCUCUCUUCGCGUCUGCGAUUGCGCUUUCGCUUGCACUCAUUGAUUUCAAAGGGAACGAAACUGAGGCGACAAGAAAUGUUUUGGAGGUUCUCGAGACCAGAGUUAUUGCUUAUUACCUAAUUGCUAUUGCUCUGUACUUCGGAGUCGCCUUGGUUAUCUCCUGGUUCAGUCCUUGGGCGGUACGAAAGCUCUGCAGCGAUAGCGUCGAGGGAUGCUCCAGCCAUCUUGUCGGAUUCGAAGGCACGAUGGAAUUGCAUGAACUUGAGAAAAUCAUCUACGGUAAUUUCAAUAAUCGCCUAUCGUAUACGGCCUCGUCGACUGUCUUCUCUAAGAACCUCCGUCACUAUGAGCUCCGAAUGAGCACAGAACGCGAUGAGGGCUAUUGGGAGAAAGAAUUUAAAGACCUGGGACUUCCCAACAGGCACCGCCUCUUCACUCUCGUGGACACGGGCAAUAUGACUGUGUCGGUGAUUUCCGCCGAGCGACCACCUGUCGUAGCCUUGAUGUGCGGGCGGGAAGGCGGCAUGCUCCGGGUAUUGUUGUGCAGCUGGCGCUUUGAAAAGAACUGUCUGUAUCGUGAAAGUGUUAUCCGCAUGCGCAGCUCCAUUGAAGACCAGGCUACACAAAACGACUGGUUGAAAAUCAGCUUGGCGAGCCAGGGCGAUGCCAACCGUACCGGGGUGGAACACCUCAAGGCAGAAGCCGAAACGAGGCAGACAGCUACCUUUAACCCUUCUCCUCCUCGUCCGCGGAAGGACUGA